AUGAUUGACAGUGGUACAUUAGGUACGAAGGCGAGCGUUCAAGUCGUUGUACCUUUUCUUACCAAUUCGUAUUCAUCGACGAGUUUUCCACCCACAGCAUCGGUACCGAUGUGUACCUUACGCAAUUUUCCCAAUUUAAUCGAACAUACUAUCGAAUGGGCACGUGACAACUUUGCUGGACUCUUCACUAAUUCAGCACAGCAAGCCGAAGAAUUUUUGUGUGAUCCGAACGCUUUUGUUGAACAAAUCGCCAAAAAUCAUUCAGUAGCUGACAAGGAUGAAGCGAUCGAAAAUGUCAAACGAAUUAUUCAAACGGAACGUCCCAAAAACUUUUUUAAUUGUAUUGCAUGGGCGCGAAACCUUUUCGAACAACAAUUUCACAAUAAUAUUGUUCAACUGCUCUACAACUUUCCGCCUGAUUAUUUAACCACGAACGGUGAUCGUUUCUGGAGUGGCGCCAAACGAUGUCCUAGAGUACUCGGAUUCGAUGUAACAAACAAAACUCAUCUCGAUUUUAUUGUUGCUGCAUCGAAUCUUUUUGCACACAUGUACUCUAUCCCUAAACUAUGUGAUCGUCAUCAAAUUGCACAUGAAGUCGUGAAAAUUCAAGUGUCUGAAUUUCAACCAAAAGCAGGUGUCACUAUACAUGAAAAUGAUGAACAAUUGAAAGCUGACAUGGAACAAAAACAUCAAAUGGGCACCAUGAGAAAUACUAAUAAUCAAGAUGAUAGUGAGUCUGAAGUUCGAGAAAUUCUUGCUCGACUUCCGAAGCCGAAAGAAGCAAUCGAUUUGAAACUUCAGCCACACGAAUUUGAAAAGGAUGACGACACUAAUUUUCACAUCGACUACAUUACGGCAGCAGCCAAUUUGCGAGCUGAAAAUUACGAAAUUGAAACUGUCGAUCGAAGCAAGAUAAAACGUAUCGCUGGCAAUAUCAUCCCGGCCAUUGCCACCACGACCGCCAUGGUCACUGGUCUCGUAUGUCUUGAAGUGUACAAGUUCAUUCAAGGUCAUAAGAAUAUUGAAUUUUACCGUAACGCAUUUGUUAAUUUGGCGCUCCCGUUCUUUGGAUUCUCUGAGCCAGCAACGCCCAAAAAACAAAGGGUAAAAUAA